AUGGCUGUCGUGUACGCGCGCCGCGAUGGGCGCACCGCGCUUGAGCUGCGCGGUAAGGAGAUGAGGCUUUCGGACAUGACCGCGUUCGACGGCAGCAGCUGGUACGCGCAAGGUCAGACGGCGGUGAUGGUGUCGAUUCACGGGCCAACAAUAGCCAAGAAUGAUGAGUACGACACGUGCAUCGUGCAGGUGCGCAUCCAGCACGCUGGCGUGCUCGCCCCCGCCGCAGGUGGCGCGGAGAAGGCGCUGUACGAGGAGAGGAAGCUGGAGCUGCUCACUCGCACAGACGCGCUGGCGCUGGGGUCGUUGCUGGAGUCCACCCUCAACGCUGUCUUCGUUCGCGAGCGCUUCCCGCGAUGCGUGCUCGUGGUGGACGUCGUUGUGAUCCGGGACGACGGCAGCCUGCCUGCCGUGGCGCUGAACGCUGUCAUGUCCGCGCUCCUGGAUGCCGGCCUGCCGUGUCGCACGACGAUGGCGGCGGUGUGCGUUGCGGUUGUGACGCACGACGGUGAAGCAGACUCGACCAGUGGCCCUGCCCAAGAUCGCCACUCCUCCGUCGACGGCUCCUCAUCAGCCGGCAGUGUCUACGAGUACUUGCUGGACCCAACUAGCGCCGAGGAAUCACUCGGGGUGGGCUACGCCGCCCCGGCCCCGUCUGCAGCCGAGAAGGCGGUCGCCACCGGCGCCACCUCCAUCGCGACGUCCUCGGCCGCGUCCAUGCCACUACGAGGCCGCAACGCAGCGCAGCAGGUGCAAGACAAGUAUCGCUGCGUGAGCAACGGCGUCUUCGCUUUCUCGAACCCGGCGUGCGGCGGAGGCUUGCUGGCGCAGCUGGUGCGUUCUGUCGGGAGCGGCAGCGCGGAGAUGCGCGGGUCGGGGGUGCCCGUGCAGGCGUAUGCGGAGAUGGUGGCGCUGGCCGAGCGGGCCUCCGCGGUGCUGUUCGAGUUCUUCCGGCAGUGUAACGUGGCGGCAUGA